AUGUCGACUACAUUUUCAUCUCAUCGAAUCGUGAAACCUAAACCUAUCCGAUGCAACCCAUUGCCUAUUCAAGUUGAUUUAAAAGCUUGUGAUUAUGCAACAUUACUUCGUGCUGCCAAAGUUUCUAAUACAAAUAAAAUCGAUCGUACAUCAAUACAAUCCGACUCAUUAGACUCAAAGUCUCCUGAUAAAAAACGUACGCGAAUUCUUUUUACGUCAUGGCAAGUUGCUGAAUUAGAACGUUUAUUUGCUGAACAAAAAUAUGUCUCAGCACAAGAACGUUCAGUAAUAGCAAUGCGUAUUGGUUUAUCACCAACACAAAUAAAAAUAUGGUUUCAAAAUCGCCGUUAUAAAUCAAAGAAAACAACAGUAAUAUUUUAA